GGGGCGGGGCAUUUCCUGCGUCGGAACCCUUCUCCGGGGGCUGGGUCCCCGCCCGGAAUCCCAAAGCCGCAAGCCGGGGGCCGGAAGCACGCGCGGCCACGGCGCAGCGUGUCCGUGCGGAGGGAGGGCGCGCGAGCCCAGCCGCGGAGGACGGGCGAAGAUGGCGGCCUUCUCCGAGAUGGGUGUUAUGCCUGAAAUUGCGCAAGCUGUGGAAGAGAUGGAUUGGCUUCUCCCAACUGAUAUCCAGGCAGAAUCCAUCCCCCUGAUUCUAGGAGGCGGUGAUGUACUUAUGGCUGCAGAAACAGGAAGUGGAAAAACGGGUGCUUUCAGUAUUCCAAUUAUCCAGAUUGUUUAUGAAACUCUGAAAGACCAGCAGGAAGGCAAAAAAGGAAAAACAACAGUUAAAACUGGUACUUCAGUACUCAACAAAUGGCAAAUGAACCCAUAUGACAGAGGAUCUGCUUUUGCCAUUGGGUCAGAUGGCCUUUGCUGUCAGAGCAGAGAAAUAAAGGAAUGGCACGGAUGUCGAGCUACCAAAGGGCUAACGAAAGGGAAGCACUACUAUGAAGUGUCCUGUCAUGACCAGGGAUUGUGCAGAGUCGGGUGGUCUUCCAUGCAGGCUUCCUUAGAUCUAGGUACUGACAAGUUUGGCUUUGGCUUUGGUGGGACUGGAAAGAAAUCCCAUAAUAAACAAUUUGAUAAUUAUGGAGAGGAAUUUACUAUGCAUGAUACUAUUGGGUGUUACCUAGACAUAGAUAAAGGACAUGUCAAAUUCUCCAAAAAUGGUAAAGACCUUGGUUUGGCAUUUGAAAUCCCACCACAUAUGAAGAACCAAGCCCUCUUUCCUGCCUGUGUUUUGAAGAAUGCUGAAAUAAAAUUUAACUUUGGUGAAGAAGAAUUUAAGUUUGCACCAAAGGACGGUUUCGUAGCUCUUUCCAAGGCGCCGGACAAUUGCGUUGUCAAAUCGCAGCGCACAGGUAACGCGCAGGUGGCACAGGCCAAGCUUCUCCCCAACGCUCCCAAGGCGCUCAUCGUCGAGCCCUCCCGAGAGCUGGCCGAGCAGACUCUGAAUAACAUCAAGCAGUUUAAGAAAUACGUUGAUAACCCUAAAUUAAGGGAGCUUCUGAUAAUUGGAGGUGUUGCAGCCCGGGAUCAACUCUCUGUUUUAGAAAAUGGGGUGGACAUAGUCGUGGGGACUCCGGGAAGACUAGAUGAUUUGGUGUCAACUGGAAAGCUGAGCUUAUCCCAAGUGAGAUUCCUGGUUCUGGAUGAAGCCGAUGGGCUUCUUUCGCAAGGUUACUCUGAUUUUAUAAACAGGAUUCACAGUCAGAUUCCUCAGAUUACCUCUGAUGAAAAAAGACUCCAGGUGAUUGUUUGCUCUGCUACUUUGCAUUCUUUUGAUGUAAAGAAACUGUCUGAGAAGAUAAUGCAUUUUCCCAUGUGGGUUGAUUUAAAAGGAGAAGAUUCCGUUCCAGAUACUGUGCACCAUGUGGUUGUCCCAGUGAAUCCCAAAGCUGACAGGCUCUGGGAGAGGCUUGGGAAAAACCACAUUCGAACAGAUGAAGUACAUGCAAAAGAUAACACAAGACCUGGUGGUAACAGUCCAGAGAUGUGGUCUGAAGCUAUUAAGAUCCUGAAGGGGGAGUAUGCUGUCCGAGCAGUCAAGGAGCACAAGAUGGAUCAAGCGAUUAUUUUCUGCAGAACCAAGAUCGACUGUGAUAACUUGGAGCAGUAUUUUAUGCAACAAGAAGGAGGAUCUGAUAAAAAAGGACACCAGUUCUCAUGUGUUUGUCUCCAUGGUGACAGAAAGCCUCAUGAGAGAAAGCAAAACUUGGAACGAUUUAAGAAAGGAGAUGUGAGGUUCUUGAUUUGCACGGAUGUAGCUGCCAGAGGAAUCGAUGUCCAUGGUGUUCCUUAUGUUAUAAACGUCAGCCUGCCUGAUGAGAAGCAAAACUACGUCCACCGCAUUGGCCGAGUGGGGAGAGCUGAAAGGAUGGGUCUGGCCAUUUCCCUGGUGGCGACAGAAAAAGAGAAGGUCUGGUACCAUGUGUGCAGCAGUCGUGGAAAAGGGUGUUACAACACCAGACUCAAGGAAGAUGGCGGCUGCACCAUAUGGUACAACGAGAUGCAGUUGCUGUCUGAUAUAGAAGAACACCUGAACUGCACCAUUUCUCAGAUUGAGCCAGAUAUAAAGGUAUCGGUGGAUGAAUUUGACGGGAAGGUUACCUAUGGUCAAAAAAAGGCAGCUACUGGUGGAGGCUAUAAAGGCCACGUGGAUGUCUUGGCGCCUACCGUUCAGGAGCUGGCUGCCCUUGAGAAGGAGGCGCAGACAUCGUUCCUGCACCUCGGCUACCUCCCGAACCAGCCCUUCCGAACCUUCUGAUGUAACAUCACGGGAGGCUUGGCGAAGCGUCUGUCCCGAACGCCGACACCCUGUCCUGCUUCCAGGCGGCAGUAUUUAUAGUAACUUAAGCUAUUAGUGCUGACUCUUGUGUGUCGAGAAACAUGCAACAUUAGUCCUAGGAAUUCUCCAUAAAUGGCAUCCUAAUGAAAAUAAUAA